AUCAAUCACAUCAACAUUAUUGUUCAGAAUCACGAAGAGUUAACAUUCUUUUAUGGAAGGGAUACGUUCUUACAUUGUGGCGUAGUUGUGGACACUGAUGAGUUCUAUAGACAUUUGGUCAAUAUAUCAAGACAGGAACAGGCAUGGGAAUGCCGCGUGGCAAUGUCGACAGACGAGACAAUCAAUUUAUACUAUCCACUGCAGAUCCCCGUGUGGGGCAUUGAACAGGCCGAUCAUCUGGACGUGGCCAAUCAUAUCAAUGUGGUGUUCCACGCCGACGAAGGACUGAUCAGCGCCGUGUCCAUAUACCCGAUCAAAGACAGACAUCUCGACAUCCGCACCAAGUCUGUGAUCUCAUUCCACGGUCACAUCAAAUGGUUCCGUGGCACAUCGUUCGAGGAGCUCACCUCGUACAACCCGGAUGAUGAGGAAGGUCGUUCAUGGAAGCUAUUGUCAUCGGGCUAUGUGCCCAUGGUCUUUGUGUUCCUGUCCACGCUCAUCUUUAGCUUGUUGGCUGCUGCACUACUCUACAAGUUUACAUUGAAACCAAGAUUGAUUCGAAAGUAUCUAAAGAAUGAUUGA